GCCCUUUCCAGCCCCCAGGCCUACCUAUCCCUGCACCAGCCGCCUCCCCAUCGCGCGGCCCGCGCAGUCCACCGCCGAGUUCCCGAUCCGCACGCAUGACUCCUAACCAAUCGUGGUAUCGGAGGAAUGUGCUUAAAGUGAUUGAUUUCCACCAUGUUCUCACAGUGCCUGUGGGAUCUAUUAAAGACUGCAAAUCUCCGUCUCCAGAGUCUGAAUUUAAAUCUGUGUUUACAAAACCACAGAAGAGCUUCCAGCAAGUCACUGCCUACACAUCGAAGGAAAGUAGUUGUUACAGGUAUUGGCUUAGUGUCCCCUCUUGGCGUGGGGACUCAGUUUGUGUGGAAGCGCCUUCUCCAAGGAGACAGUGGAAUUACAUCGCUAGACGGGGAAGAAUAUGCAGGCAUCCCAUGUAAAGUGGCUGCUUGCGUGCCAAGGGGAAACAAGGAAGGCCAGUUCAGUGAAGAAAGCUUUGUGUCGAAGUCAGAGAUCAAAUCCAUGAGUUCUGCUACUGUCAUGGCCAUCGGUGCAGCAGAGCUAGCAAUGAAGGACUCUGGCUGGUGUCCUCAGUCUGAACAGGAUCGCUUAAGUGCCGGUGUGGCAAUUGGGAUGGGAAUGGUUCCGCUUGAAGAGAUUUCUGAUACAGCCACUUUAUUUAAAACAAAGGGUUAUAACAGGGUCAGCCCGUUCUUUGUCCCAAAGAUUUUAGUCAAUAUGGCAGCAGGCCAGAUCAGCAUUAAAUACCAACUGAAAGGGCCAAAUCAUGCUGUGUCAACUGCUUGUACGACGGGUGCGCAUGCUAUUGGAGACUCCUUUAGGUUUAUUGUCACCGGUGAUGCUGAUGUCAUGUUGGCUGGAGGGACUGAGGCUUGCAUUAGUCCUUUGUCCUUGGCUGGAUUCGCAAGAGCUCGGGCCCUCAGCACGAGUUUUAACUCAAGCCCUAAAAUGGCCUGUCGACCAUUUGAUUCACAGAGAGAAGGGUUUGUAAUGGGAGAGGGUGCUGCUGUGCUGGUCUUGGAAGAGUAUGAACAUGCCGUACAAAGAGGUGCUAGGAUCUAUGCGGAAGUCUUAGGUUAUGGACUGUCUGGUGACGCUUGCCACAUAACAGCACCUAAUCCAGAGGGAGAUGGUGCAUUCAGGUGUAUGUCUGCAGCAAUAAAAGAUUCUGGAGUCAAACUUGAAGACAUAACAUAUGUCAAUGCACAUGCAACUUCUACACCUCUAGGAGAUGCUGCUGAGAAUCAAGCAAUCAAGAGACUUUUUAAAGAUCACUCACGUAAUAUUGCAGUUUCCUCAACAAAAGGAGCAACGGGACAUCUCUUGGGGGCUGCAGGAGCUAUUGAAGCAGCUUUUACUGUCCUGUCCUGUUACCAUGGAAUUUUGCCACCUACUCUAAACUUACAGAAAACAGAGGCAGAGUUUGAUCUCAAUUAUGUUCCGUUAAAAGCUCAGGAGUGGAAAAGUGAAAAACGGCGUAUAGCACUCACAAAUUCAUUUGGCUUUGGAGGUACUAAUGCAACUUUGUGCUUUGGAAGUGUUUAACUGACGCUGUACAUGUUGUGGAAAGAUGACACUGAUAAUGAUUUUCUGUACUGCCACCCUUGGUGUGUACCUGUGAUCUUUUCUCAGCGUCAAGAAUUGUUCAUUUGAUACAUAAAAACUUUAUUCACCCUAACAUUCACACCAGCAAUUCUUUCAGAAAGAGGGAACUUCAUUUACUUAUUUUAAAUAAAAAUAAAUAAAAGGCCUGUUCUUUGUGCGGUAAAGACGUUUUUGACUAGAUGAGGAGACAUUGAUAGUUCUGUGUUUUUACUUCAUUAGAAUAGAUUUUUCAUCUGGAUGUGACACAGAAAUUGCUCAGAAACAUUUAUGCUAAAGGGGCUGGCUAACAAGCUUGGACUCUACAGUUGUGACUUGAUGACUUACUGCAUGAUGAUACAAGAUUUAUGACUAAGCUUCCCCUUGUUACCUGUUCUAUUUGUGUUUCUUUUUACUCAUCAUAAGUUAUUUCAAAUAUUGUAAACCAAUGCACAUUCUCCAACACAGAUGACAUUCAGGAAACAAUAAUAUUAGAGAUCAUAAGAUUUCUGACAGUGGUUCAUUUUCUUCUCAGCGUUAUUCAUUGCCAUCUGUUGUGUUACCUCAUUAGCCUAUGGAAUGAUAACAGCGAAGAAUGCAUACAGCAUGGCCUAUAUAUCCUCCAGGUGGCACAGGGAUACAAUUAUUAGGUCAUAUCCUGUUUUGUUUAGAAAUUUUGGACAGAAAUAGCAAGGUGGUAUUCAACUGUGGUAUUGAGGAUUUAAAAAAUAGUUACACAGAAAGGAAAAAGACUCCUGAAACCCCUGGUUGCUUGGCCAAAAUGGAAAAAUAAAACUAGCCAAACUUGGAAAAAUAAAGAAUAUUUAGCAAAAAAAGAAAAAAGAAAGGCCAAUGCAAGAAAUAAAUCUGAGUCUUGUGUUGAGGAUGAGAAAGGGGAAGAAAGAGAACAGGAAAACGAAAUUAUGCCUAAAGCUGACAUAUUGAUAGUGGUUUAGAUUGUCUCUUGCAAAGAACAUGUAAAGGCUGUCCCUUUUGGCACCAGUCAGCUAAGUAGUGCCUUGAUCGAUAGUGCAGAUGUGCGUUAAGUCAGAUAUGCUUAUUUGUGGGUUAGUUUUAAAAGACUUUUUACUAGUUUUCUUUUUGAAAAUGUCAGUCUUAGCCUUUGACUAAUUUAGAUGAAGACAAAGUAAGGAUGUAUAAAGUGGCUAUACCAUAAGUAAAUUUCAUUCUGGAAAGAGAUUACUGAUGGGCUAUGGUGAGGCUUAGCAGUACUCUAAGACCUCAUUAUUUAUACAAAUGAUCUGAAUGGUGAUAUGGAACAGCAUAAUUUUUGCAUUUACUUUCUUUACUAAAUAGAAAGUUAAAGAGAAUAAUGAGGAAAACGCAGUUGGAGAAUGAUUAAGACUCUUUCAGAAGAUGAGCUCAUACAGAACAAUGCAGUCCAAAAUAGAUUAAUGAAUAAUAAGCCUGAAAGUAAAAUAAUAUAUUACCAAAGGGAAAAUAUGAAAGCAUGCCAAGUAGAGAGAGUAUGGGAAUUCGCUGUUGGAAAAAUACCUACAAACCCCUUAGCUUGUGGUAAUUAAUAGUAGCAGUGCAAUGAAUGAGGAUCUGGCUUGCAUGCAAUAUAAAAUGCAGAAUAUAAAAUUCAACAUUACUCUCUGCAAAUUAUAUGCAAAAAGGAAUUGAUAUAAAGAAUUCAGCCUCAAGGAGAGAGCUAUCAGCAGAACUGUGAAUUUGAAAGAAAUCAUCCAAUGGAUUUCUUCUGAAGAUAAUACAUUUUCAGGCAGUUGUAAUUCAGGGUGGAAUUACACUGGAUAGGAAGACUGGAUAGUGCUGCAUUAUUGUGGACCUGAAGUAUAGUCUAACUAAACUCACCCCAUUUUGUUGCAAGGCUGCAGACCUGUAAUUAAUACUGUGACAGGCAGAUAUAUUUCUCUUUCCUUCUGAUAGCAGAGAUCAUGGCCCCAGGACUGUUUGAUGCAGACUCUUGUGUACCAACCAUAACAAGACAGAUUAUACUGUCACACAGAAAAAUAAAACAGCUACUGAAAUGAACAAAAGAUCCUUCUCCUCACUUCAGCUCAUUCCAAUUUAAUCAUCUGCUGUAGGUAACCUUUAAACCAUGAAAGGUUUGUGACAAUAGUCAUUUUCGGUGUUUUGAUUAUGGGUAGUUUUAACAGGCCUAGAUACAGAAGUAAAUAGCGUGCCCUGUAGAAAAUGAAGGGUUUUUAAGAAGCAAAUAGAACCAAAGUUUAACCCCUGUCUUCGAAUUUUGUCUCUGUAGGUUUCAUUUUUAUGUACUUGUUUGGAGUUGUCUCUUUUUAUCGCAUACC